AUGCAUGAUCAGGAAAUAAAUAACUGUAAAAAAACUUCUUCACCUUCCUCAUCCACUUCAGUCUCUACUACAAAUGAAGCACUAGAAACUCUUCCACUCUACACAACCACUGAAGCCAAAACAACAACUUUAGCCACCACUACCAACAAGGCCCCAGCAACCUCUAGAGCAGUGAGAACCACCUCAGUCCCUACUAAAACCUCUAUCACUUCUACUACCACUGAUGUAACAAUUACUAUCACCUCUACCAUUGAGACCCCAACAACCACUGCCGCAACAACCAAUGAAACUGCCAUAACCAUUGACACCCCAACAACCAAUGAAACUGCCACAACCACUGUAUCUCCUACUACCAUUGAAGCACCAACAUCCACUGAAGCUGCAACAACUACUGUAUAUCCUAUUACCACUGAAGCCUCAAAAACCUCUGAAAUUGCAACAACCACUGUAGCUUCUACUACCACUGAAACCCCAGCAACUGAAGCUGCCACACAUACAUUACCUCCUACUACCACAGUCACUGAAGCCCCAAUAUCCCUAACAGCAACUGAAGCUGCAACAAGCACUAAUUCAGGUACUACGACUCCACCUGAAACAAGCAUUGUUUCAAUUACUACAACUCCACUUCCUCAAACAAGUACGUCUUCUGGGAUUAUGACUCGACUUCCUGAAACAAGUACUACGACACCACUUCCUGAAACAAGUACUACGACUCCACUUCCAGAAACAAACACUGCUUCAGGUACUACAAAUCCACCUCCUGAAACAAGCACUGCAUCAGUUACUAAAACAAGCACGUCUUCAGUAACUACGACUCCACUUCCUGAAACAAGCACUGAUUCAGAUACUACAACUCCACUUCCUGAAACAAGUACUACGACUCCACUUCCUGAAACAAGCACUGAUUCAGAUACUACAACUCCACUUCCUGAAACAAGCACUGCAUCAGUUACUAAAACAAGUACGUCUUCAGUAACUACAACUCCACUUCCGGAAACCAGCACUGCUUCAGUUACUACAACUCCUCUUCCUGAAACAAGCAGUGAUUCAGUUACUACAACUCCACUUCCUGAAACAAGCACUGUUUCAGUUACUACACCUCCACUUUCUGAAACAAGCACUGCUUCAGAUACUACAACUAAACCUCCUGAAACAAGCACGGCUUCAGGUACUACAACUACACCUCCUGAAACAAGCACUUCUUCAGGUACUACAACUACACCUCCUGAAACAAGCACUGCUUCAGGUACAACAACUACACCUCCUGAAACAAGCACUGCUUCAGGUACAACAACUACACCUCCUGAAACAAGCACAACUCCACUUCCUGAAACAAGCACUGCUUCAGGUAAUACAAUUCCACUUUAUGAAACAAGCACUGAUUCAGAUACUACAACUCCACAUCUGGAAAUAAGCACUGCUUCAGUUACUACAACUCCACUUCCUAAAACAAGCACUGUUACAGGUACUACGACUCCAGGUCCUGAAGCAAGCACUCCAUCAGUUACUACAACUCCACUUCCCAAAACAAGCACUGUUUCAGCUGCCACAACCAUUGGAGCUCCAACUACCACUGAAGCUGCUACAACCACAAAAGUUGCCUCAACUACUCUAACUCCUACUUCCACUGAGGAGACCCCAACAACCACUGAAGCUGCCACAAUUAUAACUCAUACUACCACUGAGGCCCCAACAACCACUGAAGCUACCACAACUACUGUAGUUCCUACUGCCACUGAGGCCCCAACAACCACUGAAGCUGCAACAACUAAUAUAGCUUUCACUACCACUGAGCUGCAGCAACUACUGCAGCUCCUACUUCCACUGAGGCCACAACAACCACUGAAGCUACACAACUUCUGUAGCUCCUACUACCACUGA